UGCUGCUUUACACACGUACUGUAAACUGUGUGUCCACCACUGCUGGAGGAGAAGAUGGCGGCUGUACUCGGUACUUCCAUGGUAACUCUGGUCGGAGUCAGCGUCUUCAUCGCUGCGCUGACCUACAUCACUUACAAGUUGAUCGGCGGUUACCUGAACAAGUGGUUUAUGCUGAAAUCUGUGCCUGAGUUGGAGGGAACUUAUCCCCUCAUUGGAAACGCGCUACAGUUGAAAACCAGUUCUGGGGAUUUCUUCCGUCAAAUUGAAGAGAUAACCCGUAUGUUCUAUGACGCACCGCUCUUUAAGCUUUGGAUUGGACCGGUGCCAUUUCUGAUUCUGUUUCAUGCUGAAACUGUUGAGACACUUCUGAACAACUCCAUUCACAUGGACAAAGCCUAUGCAUACAACUUCCUCCACCCUUGGCUUGGAACUGGACUUCUCACUAGCACUGGGGCUAAGUGGCGUCAGCGGCGGAAGAUGUUGACACCCACCUUCCACUUCUCCAUCCUGACAGACUUCAUGGAGGUGAUGAACGAGCAGGCGGAUGUGCUGUUGGAGAAGCUGGAGAAAAAGGCCGGGAAAGGAAAAUUCAACUGCUUCAGCGACGUCACUCUCUGUGCUCUGGACAUCAUCUGUGAAACUGCCAUGGGAAAGAAAAUUAAUGCUCAGAAUGACACUGAAUCGACCUAUGUUGAAUCUGUGUACAAAAUGAGUGACAUUGUCUCCCGCCGACAGAGGAAACCUUGGUUUUGGCCUGACGCCCUGUACAAAAUCUUUGGUGAUGGUCGGGCUCAUGACAAGAAUCUGAAGGUUCUACACGAGUUCACAUACAGCGUCAUCCGUGAAAGAGCAGCGGAGCUUUCCUCUCAAGAAUCAGACGCUGACCAGGGCAAGAAGAAAAGACAGGCAUUUCUGGACAUGCUCUUGAAGACGACAGAUGAGAAUGGCAAUAAGAUGAGCCACCAGGACAUUCAAGAGGAAGUUGACACCUUUAUGUUUGAGGGUCAUGAUACAACAGCCGCAGCUAUGAACUGGGCCCUUCAUCUGAUCGGCUCUCACCCUGAGGUGCACAGCAAAGUCAACGAAGAACUUCAGGAAGUGUUCGGUUCAUCUGACCGGCACGCAAACACAGAAGAUCUAAAGAAGCUCAAAUACCUGGACUGUGUGAUCAAGGAGGCGCUGCGAUUGUUUCCCUCUGUGCCUUUCUUUGCCCGCAGCAUCUGUGAGGACUGCCAUAUCAAGGGUUUCAAGAUUCCCAAAGGUGCCAACGCAAUCAUCGUCACGUACGCUCUUCACCGCGACCCGAGAUACUACCCCGAACCCGAGGAGUUCAGACCUGACCGCUUUCUACCCGACAACUGUGUGGGAAGGCCGCCUUAUGCUUACAUCCCCUUCUCUGCCGGACUCCGCAACUGUAUCGGCCAGCGUUUCGCGCAGAUGGAAGAGAAGGUGGUUCUGUCAUCCAUUCUGCGUAAGUUCAAUGUUGAAGCUUGUCAGAAACGAGAGGAGCUGCAGCCGAUUGGAGAACUCAUCCUCCGACCAGAGAAAGGCAUCUGGAUCAAACUGGAAAGGAAAGCGACGUCAUAAAAACACUGCUCACAAAUGCCUUAGCUCUCAGUAUAUGAUCCUUAAUGGCCUUUAUUAAUUCACUAUAAUCUUCAUGUCUUGUUUUUUUUACAAUUAUAAAAUACUGAUCUUUCUACAUUCUUAUUGUGUAUCUUUGUAUUAAAAAAGACUUUCCUAUGCCCUAAAAAUAUUUGAAUACAAACAAGAUCAUAAUGACUUGUUAUGAUUUCAUCUUAUUAAUGCUAACAAUAAAAAUGGAAUUACUAACCUAAAAGAUUUUGCUGAGUGAUAUUUAAUCCGUUUUGGGAUAUAAAUUGGGUCAUUUUAAAUCACAUUACUGAUAAUUAACUCGAUAGAAAUGAGAUCAAUGAUGCUCGUGCAUUAGAAACUUUUCAUUGCUUUCCAUUUUCUAGGUCACAGCUUUUGUAAUGAGAAGAAGUGCCCGACAUUUAACAAUUCUACCCAUUUAUAAAGACUUUUACUCUUUCAGAGCUGCAAACCUAGACGAACAACGUUGACACAAGAAUGAUUAGAAAUGUUUUAAUAGAUUAGGAAAACAUGCUUGAAAAGCACCUGCAAACACCUGAACAAAGAUAAGUAUGAAUGUCAAUUUUCAUUUACAUUUAGUUCUUUUCUUUGAUUCCAUACAUCUUUAAAUAAUUGUUUAUAGUUUUUUUUAUGAGUCGUCUUACUGUAAAUCAGUUUUACAUUCCUACAUGAGUCAUUGUGUCUUCUAAGGACACAGUGUUUCUCAUAACAAGCCUUGCUCGACUGAGCUCAUCAUGUGCACAGUUUACAUGUCCACUCGUGUGCGUGGGAUUUCUCUGCAUACUCUGGCCUCCCUGGGGCAGAUUGGGGUUAGAUUAACUCUAAAUAAGCCAUAGGUGUGAACAUCUGCCCAGUGACAGACUGGUGAUGUAUCCAUGGUGCACAGCAACUCUCACUCAAUGACAGAUCUGUACCAUUUUGUCCUAGGCAGGAAGUUAAUAUAUACUUGGUUUGUUUAUUGCUCAAGAGCAGCUGUUACUUCACUUGGCAGCACAAGAUUUCCUUUCGAGUCACAGUUUAUUACCCUCGAGCGCUUUGAGGUGCUAGUAAUUCAAAAAAUGUCAACGAGACAAAAGAAAAACAAACAUCUGAUGCAAUGAUUUUGGGACUGUAGUAUCAAUAAAGACCCUAAAACAUUC